AUAGGGUGAAAGUAGCUAAUGGAGCUGCCAAAGGAUUGUUAUACCUUCAUCAGAACAACAUCAUACAUAGAGAUAUAAAACCAAACAACAUUCUUCUUACACAUGAUUAUGAAGCUAUGCUGGGUGAUUUUGGUUUGGCCAAAAUUGCAAGUGAAGAAUUAUCAUGCUCAAUAGAAUGUCCUGGAAAUCUGGCAUAUUGGGCCCCAGAAUAUGCAGCAUAUGGUAAAGUAUCAAAUAAAACAGAUGUAUAUUCUUUUGGAGUGGUUCUUGUUGAGCUAAUAACCGGAAUGAGGACUACUGACAAAAGACUUGGAGGAAAGGGUCUAGUAGGAUGGGCUAGACCACUACUAAAAGAAGGGAACUGUCAAAAACUUGUUGAUGGAAGGAUAAUGGAUUCACAUGGACAUGAUUGUCAUCAAAUCUUUUGGAUGAGCCGUCUAGCUGGAAAUUGUUUAAACAAAGAUCCUCAGAAACGACUUGAUAUGAAUACAGUGGUCAAAGCCUUAAUACAUAUAGAAGAAGGUUGCAGUAGCUGCAUUGUGGAAAAAGACAGUAGUACCCUUCCCAUGUCCGACUAUUCUAAAUCAAAAGAUGAUAUGCGGGAGCGGGACUCUUCAGAAUCAAAUGGUGCUAGUUCCAAGUCGAGGACAGCAUAUUGCUACUAUAAGUCUAGUGAAAACUAAAAUUUGAUAUUGGGAUGUGUUCGGAUUGACUUAUUCGAGCUUAUCUAUUGACAUAAGUACUUGAAAGACUGUUUGGAAGAACUUAUAGAAACAACUUACUACAUGUCCAUAAGUUAUUUUUAGCUUAUUUAUAUAAUCUCUUCAGUGUAGCUUAUGAAAACAGCUUAUAGCUUACAUGAAAGCAAUUUGAUUUUUUUAUCUCUUGUUAAAAAAAAGCUUAUGCAUAAGCAAUUAUAUGAUAAACACCUAUACUAUAAGCAUUUAUUUAAACUGUUUAUCCAAACUUGGCUUGGUCCCCGAUACCAUUUUCCAUGCAUCAUUAUUUGCGGACGAUACCAUCUUUUUGUGUGAAGAAUCUUGGGAUAAUUUGUGGGGCUUAAAAACCAUACUAAGAAGCUUCGAGUUUGUAACGGGUUUGACAGUCAAUUUUCACAAAA